GAACGAGCUCUGCUUUACAUGACAGACACAACUUAUGUGCUGCUGGAGUCUCUAGAAUGUCUGUCAGUGGGAAUCUAGGAUAAAUGGCACACCGACAGCACAGACAUUCAGCGUGAUGCGAAGAGGGAAUUUAAUUCUGUUUAAUGUCUAAUGCGUCUAAUGUGGAUUCACUUCAAUCUGAACUUGGAACAGUAAAUGCGCAACUUGUUUUCCAGUUUAUCUGGACUGCUGGGGAUUUUCAUCAUGGCUUUACUGUGGCUCUUUCUGCUGAUCAGAGGAAAUGUGUGAACACCUUGAAAUAUACAUAAGUGAAGUUUCACAUCUGUGAAGAAAGCACUUGGACAGGAGCCUCAGGAUGAGAAGAUGGCAGCCACUUUGUUUCCACCGGGUCCUGACAGUCUACACCCGUUCACUCGUGAGUCCCUGGCUGGAAUCGAACAGCGGAUCACCGACGAGGAGACACGGAAUGCCAAGGAGUACCAGGAGGACCUGGGUGAUGUGGAGCCACCCAAGUCCCGGCCCGACCUGGAGGCCGGCAAACAGCUCCCGCGAAUCUUCGGAGACAUUCCGUCCGGACUGGUGGGCGUCCCACUGGAGGACAUCGACCCAUUUUACUUCCAGAACAAGAAAACUUUUAUAGUACUGAACAAAGGGAAGGCCAUCUUCCGGUUUAGUGCCACGUCUGCACUCUAUAUUUUUAGCCCCUUUCAUCCCAUUAGAAGAGCAUCAAUAAAGAUUUUAGUACACUCUUUAUUCAGCCUUUUCAUAAUGUGCACUAUUUUGACCAACUGUUGUUUCAUGGCGAUGUCAGAACCGGCGCAGUGGGCCAAAUAUGUUGAGUACACGUUCACUGGCAUUUACACGUUUGAAUCAUUGAUUAAAAUCCUGGCGAGGGGCUUUUGCUUCGGGCCGUUCACCUUCCUGAGGGACCCGUGGAACUGGCUGGAUUUCAGUGUGAUUGUUAUGGCAUAUGUUACUGAGUUUGUGGACCUGGGCAAUGUCUCAGCGUUACGGACAUUCAGGGUUCUACGAGCACUGAAAACUAUAUCAGUCAUCCCAGGCCUGAAGACCAUCGUUGGCGCUCUGAUUCAGUCAGUGAAGAAGCUCGCAGACGUCAUGAUCCUCACGGUCUUCUGUCUCAGUGUGUUCGCUCUCAUCGGCCUGCAGCUCUUCAUGGGAAACCUGAGGCAAAAAUGUGUCCGCAGCACCGCACACUGUCUCAACACAACGCUACCUUCAUACAACAACAGCACUUUCUUCUGCAAUAACAGAACCUGGUCCUCACUGGAGGAAUUCAUGACCAAUGAAGACAAUUAUUUCAAAAUAGAAGGAGCCAAGGACGCCUUAAUAUGUGGCAAUGCAAGUGACGCUGGCAAAUGUCCUGAUGGAUUUGACUGUAUGAAGACCGGACGGAACCCAAACUAUGGCUACACGAGCUUCGACACCUUUGGAUGGGCUUUUCUCUCGCUUUUCCGACUCAUGACGCAAGAUUACUGGGAAAACCUUUAUCACCACACUCUACGGUCCGCGGGAAAGGCAUACAUGGUGUUUUUUGUGGUGGUGAUCUUUCUGGGCUCCUUCUACCUGGUGAAUCUGAUUCUGGCUGUGGUGGCCAUGGCGUAUGAGGAGCAGAACCAGGCCACCAUCGCUGAAGCGCUUCAGAAAGAGCAAGAGUUUCAGCUCGCCAUGGAACAGCUGAAGAAAGAGCAACAGAUUGUUCAGAAAGUGCAGGAAACCGAGUCCAUCCUAACCGCGGACAUGUCGCCUUUUAACUCACAAGACAACAGAGGGAUUCUGGACCGGAGGAAAAGCUCGAGGCCACUGUCAGAAGGGAUGGAGGAUGGCAGCAAUGACAAAACAGCAAAGCUAGACACUAUAGAGGGCAUGAAGAAAACACAUUCUUUGCUCGUUCGGACUCUCUCAUUGCGGGCCAGACGGGAAAGUCAGGUGAGCAUCUUCAACUUCAGACCGCCAAACAAAGACUCGGAGGUGGAUUUCGCGGACGAUGAGUUCAGCAUUCAUGGAGAUUCGGACAGUCGUGGCGGCUCGCUGGCGUUGCCCUGGAGCAGACGACGCACCAGCGCACAGAGCACGUGCAGUCACACCUCGCAGUUUUUCUUCCCGAGUCUCAACAUCAACGGCAAACUCUUCGUAGCCAUGGACCAGAACGGCAUCUCAGGCCCGGGGCCGCUGUCUCCUCUGCCGCUGCCCGCCUGCAUGAUGGAGAAGGUCAAAGAGGAAAGUGGGCACAACACCACCAGUGAGCUGAGCAGUAUGCUUCUACCUCAACAGCCCCUGGAGGGACGUGACCGGGCUCUGAGCGCCACCAGCCACAUCACUGACGCCAUGGAAGAACUGGAGGAGGCCCAGCAGAAGUGUCACCCGUGCUGGUACGCGUUUGCUCACAAGUACCUGGUGUGGACGUGUUGUCCAGGCUGGCUGAAGGUGAAGGAGUGGAUGAAGUUCAUGGUGAUGGAUCCGUUCCUUGAUCUGGCCAUCACUAUCUGCAUCGUUCUCAACACGCUCUUCAUGGCUCUGGAACAUUAUCCCAUGACUGAUGACUUCAACAGGAUGUUGUCUGUGGGGAACCUGGUGUUCACAGGUAUCUUCACAGCAGAGAUGGUUCUGAAGAUCAUCGCUCUGGAUCCGUAUUAUUACUUCCAGCAGGGAUGGAACAUCUUUGACAGUCUCAUUGUCAGCUUGAGUCUGAUGGAGUUGGGUCUGUCGAAUGUCGAGGGUCUGUCUGUCUUACGAUCAUUCAGACUGCUGAGGGUCUUCAAGCUGGCGAAGUCAUGGCCGACCCUGAACACGCUGAUAAAGAUCAUUGGGAAUUCUGUAGGAGCUUUGGGAAACCUCACACUGGUGCUGGCCAUCAUCGUCUUCAUCUUCGCCGUGGUCGGCAUGCAACUGUUCGGCAAGAACUACGAGUCGUGCGUGUGUAAGAUCUCGAAGGACUGUACGCUGCCACGCUGGCACAUGAAGGACUUCUUCCAUUCGUUUCUCAUCGUGUUCCGGGUGUUGUGCGGAGAAUGGAUCGAGACCAUGUGGGACUGUAUGGAAGUGGCUGGACAGCCGCUGUGCCUCCUGGUCUUUAUGCUGGUCAUGGUUAUCGGGAACCUCGUGGUCUUGAAUCUCUUCUUGGCUUUGCUCCUGAGCUCCUUCAGCGCGGACAACCUGUCGGCUCCGGACGAAGAUGGCGAGAUGAACAACCUGCAGAUCGCCAUCGCGCGGAUCCAGCGGGGCAUUCUGUGGCUACGGCAGGCCCUCUGCGACUUCUUCAACGGGAACUUCAAGCGUCGCCGUCAGCAGACUAAGGAGGCCAAAGCCAUGAUGAAACUCAAGCAGCGCAGCCAGCAGGCAUACUUGGCGGAGGGCAACGGGACCGCCAUAGUCAUCGAGCGCGGUGGUGAAGAAGACAGCUACAUGACCAACCCCAACCUGACCAUCAGCGUUCCCAUUGCGCCCGGAGAGUCCGAUGUGGAGUUCCCCGAGGAAGAAGAGGAGAAGGAGGAGGACGAUGCAAGCGAGAGCUCAGAGGAGGAGAUAGAGGAAACAAAGCCGAGAGAUGACACCAGCCUAUCAGAGGGCAGCACUGUUGACCUCAGGAAACCCGGUGAGGAGGAGGACGAGUAUUCAGAGUUGGCAGAAGAGGCCAUGGAUCCGGAAAACUGCUUUCCUGAUGUUUGUGUGAGUCAUUUUCAGUGCUGUGACAUCAACACGUCUGAGGGUUUAGGUCGGGCAUGGUGGCGUCUGAGGAAGACCUGUUAUCAGAUCGUUGAGCACAGCUGGUUCGAGACUUUCAUCAUCUUCAUGAUCCUACUCAGCAGUGGAGCUCUCGCAUUUGAAGACAUUUACAUCGAGCAAAGGAAAGUGGUGAAAGUGGUGCUCGAAUACGCCGACAAGAUCUUCACCUACAUCUUCAUCCUGGAAAUGGCUCUGAAAUGGAUCGCCUACGGCUUCAGGAAAUACUUCACUAACUACUGGUGCUGGCUAGACUUCCUCAUUGUGGAUGUCUCUCUAGUAAGCCUCGUAGCAAGCACGCUCGGCUACUCCGACUUUGCCGCCAUCAAAUCGCUCAGAACGCUCAGGGCACUCAGGCCGCUGAGAGCACUGUCCAGAUUUGAAGGCAUGAGGGUGGUGGUGAACGCGCUGAUCGGCGCCAUUCCGUCCAUCAUGAACGUUCUGCUGGUGUGUCUGAUCUUCUGGCUAAUUUUCAGCAUCAUGGGCGUCAACCUCUUCGCUGGGAAGUUCGGGCGCUGCAUCAACAGAACAGGCGUCAUGUACAAUGCAUCAGACAUAAACAACAGAACCGAGUGUCUGGCCAUGAACAACAGCUCACUGUACUACUGGACAAAAGUCAAAGUGAACUUCGAUAACGUGGGCGCUGGAUACCUCGCGCUCCUUCAAGUGGCCACUUUUAAGGGCUGGAUGGAUAUCAUGUACGCCGCAGUUGACUCACGAGCCGUCGAGGAACAGCCCAUUAAAGAGAACAGCUUGUACAUGUAUCUGUACUUUGUGAUCUUCAUUAUCUUCGGCUCGUUCUUCACUCUCAAUCUCUUCAUUGGUGUCAUCAUUGAUAACUUCAACCAACAGAAACGAAAGUUAGGUGGACAGGAUAUAUUCAUGACGGAAGAACAGAAGAAAUAUUAUAAUGCCAUGAAAAAACUGGGAUCCAAAAAGCCACAGAAACCAAUUCCAAGACCUCCUAACCCAAUUCAAGGAUUCUUCUUCGACUUGGUGUCCAAACAAGCAUUUGACAUCAUAAUAAUGCUGCUUAUCAUAUUUAACAUGAUCACGAUGAUGGUGGAAACAGACGAGCAGUCUCCGAGCAUCGAGUACAUCCUCUACUACGUUAAUCUGGCCUUCAUCAUCCUCUUUACCACCGAGUGCACCAUUAAAAUCAUCGCGCUGCGCUGCUACUUCUUCACCGUCAGCUGGAACAUCUUUGACUUUGUGGUCGUGAUCCUCUCCAUCGUGGGUAUUGUUCUUGCGGAUAUCAUCGAGAAAUAUUUUGUGUCACCCACACUUUUCCGAGUCAUUCGUCUGGCUCGAAUCGGACGAAUACUUCGACUCAUUCGAGGAGCCAAAGGAAUAAGAACAUUGCUCUUUGCCUUAAUGAUGUCAUUACCUGCGUUGUUUAAUAUUGGCCUUCUGCUCUUCCUCGUCAUGUUCAUCUACGCCAUUUUCGGCAUGGCCAACUUCGCCUACGUCAAGAAGCAAGGUGGCAUCGACGACAUGUUCAACUUUGAAACAUUCGGUAACAGCAUGAUCUGUCUCUUCCAGAUAACCACAUCUGCCGGCUGGGACAACCUGCUCAACCCUAUCCUAAAUAAUUCCCCAGAGGAGUGCGACCCAAAUAUACCCCACACGGGUACAAACGCCCGCGGUAACUGCGGCAAUCCCUCGGUGGGCAUCACCUUUUUUGUGACCUACAUCAUCAUCUCAUUCCUCAUCGUAGUCAACAUGUACAUUGCAAUUAUUCUGGAGAACUUCAGCGUGGCCACAGAGGAGAGUACAGAACCUUUGAGCGAGGACGAUUUCGAAAUGUUCUACGAGGUUUGGGAGAAGUUUGACCCAGAGGCUACGCAAUUCAUAGAGUACUCCAAACUCUCGGACUUUGCCGACACGCUUUCUGAGCCGCUACGUAUCUGCAAGCCCAAUAAAAUCAAACUCAUUUCCAUGGACCUGCCCAUGGUGAGUGGAGACAAGAUCCACUGCCUGGACAUCUUGUUCGCGUUCACCAAACGCGUUCUGGGCGAGUCGGGCGAAAUGGACGCCCUGAAACAGCAAAUGGAGGAGAAGUUCAUGAUGGCCAACCCGUCCAAGAUCUCCUACGAGCCCAUCACCACCACUCUCAGGCGUAAACAAGAGGACGUGUCGGCUAUCAUGAUACAAAGAGCAUACAGGAGACAUCUGAUGUGGCGACAGUUGAGACAAGCCUCGUUACUUUACCGUCAAAUCAACACGCCGGGAUCUGCCAAAGAGGACGAUGAUGACGAAGACGGUACGCCUGAAAACGAGGUACUUGUAGCCUCGAUGAUGGAGAACUAUGGACCUGAAGCGGAGAUUUCGGAGAUGCUGUCUUCGCCGCCAUCGUAUGACAGUGUAACGAGAGCGACUAGUGAGCUUUUCCAAGCUCUAAUCCCAGAAUCCAGGAAAACGGACCUGAGCGAAACUUUUCCAACGCCUGACAGAGAUCGUGAGACGUUUCUGUGACAAACAAAAUACUGUCGGACCCAAUUCGAGUUGGACGUCUUUUAGUUUUGUUUACUGAAUGUAAUAUAGCGCAAAUGACACAAAAUCAUACAUGUGGUUGUGCGUUAAAGGUUUUUGUAGAAAAAACUAGCAAAAACAUUUCUUGGUUCAUGUUUUGUUUGAAUAUACAAGGGGAAAGUGUCACAGACAUGCUCUCUAGCCAAGCACGUCAACGUUCACAGUUUGAAUGCAUGAACGAGAUCAGUAGAGGUUAUUGCAGUUAUAUCAAAGAUGUAAUAAUCAUAUACAAGAUUGAAAGGAACGCAGUUUAUCGACAAGUCUGCCUGACCGCAAGUUCGUUAACGGUCUUAAAAUGGUGUGAUUCCUUUUAGCAAUUAAGUAGAAGAAAACUGAAGUACAAUCCUAGCGAUACAGCCAUGUAAAUGUUAUCGGUCCAUCAUAGAUUCAUAAUUCACACCAUUUUUGAAAGCACGAUGAUUACCUCUUUCUGAUUUGUGUCACUAGCGAUGAAAAGGCAGCAAAAAUAAUUUGGUAAUAUUUGACUCUUCAACAUUACAUUUUAGCUUGAGUAUUUGCACUUUCUGUUUGCCACAUUGUGUUUUUUUUUUUGUUGUUGUUGUUUUUUUUUUGCUUUUUUGUCUCCCGGGUAUGAAAGCCAAUUUCUUGUUUAUGAAAAGUCUCAUUACAAGGUGCAUGUUAUCAAGACUAGUAAAAGACAAUCAAACAUGCACCAGAAAUGGUCACUCGCUUAAAACCUGUCUUUACUAACUUCUAGCGAAAGAUUGCACAUGCUUAUUUUCAAAUGAUCAAUUACGCUACACAUUUGUUUCAUUGUGAAGUAUUUAUUUUGCAUGUUAAAACUGCAUGGUAUGGAGGGAAGACAAGUUGAACACUUUCUUUUUACAGCUGAAAAUUGUUUUGCACACUAUACGUUCAGCAAUAAUUUGCUACAUUUAGGUAUAAAUGACGAUUACGAAGUUUAUUGGAAUUUAAAACGUGUCAAAGUUUCUACUGUAACGGCCUCCAGCUGUAACUGUGGCUUAUAUUACUAGUGAAUAGCACAUGUGCUUUUUCUAUCUCAAACUCACAUUAGGAGAUCAGUCCGCUUGAACGCGGGUUGGCAGGUUUGGUGAAGGGCUGUUUUAUGUAGCAAUAGAUCCCAAGUGUGCCUGCUAGAACUUAAAUCCUGUGUUUAUAAUUCAUUCAUCUUUUGUAAAUCAUUGCAACACACUCCUCACCUUAAAUGGCGUCGAACUGAAAGCGUUCCAUUGGCAUGUUUAUGUGAAUUUGUGAGUAUUUAUGUGAUGUCAUAACAUUGUUCCGCUACAUCCCUUACGGAAAUGAACCGUAGUUUUGGCAUGGUGAUUCUGUCAAGAUAACAAACACUACGGUUAUUUUAACAGUAAAACCGUAGUAAACAUUCAUAAGGGAUUUUCACACCUUUGUGAAAGGAACCACCGCUGACAUCAGAAAACAAAAUGACAAGAUUCUGAAAGUUUCUUACCCUGAUUGAAGUAGAUUUCUAAAGAAAAUGGUUCGUAACACUUUACAAUAAGGUUUUAUAUAUUAGCGUGGAAUAUUCCGGGUUCAACACAAGUUAAACUCAAUUGACAGCAUUUGUGGCAUAAUGAUGAUUACCACAAAAAUGUAUUUCAGCUCAAAUUUCAAAGCAAAAAUCUGGCUUACGAUGGAAGUAAAUGGGGUCGUAAACAUUCAAAUACUCACUGUUUCAAAAGUAUAGCCACAAGACGUUAACAAUAUGUGUGUUAACAUGAUUUUACUCUGAUGAAAUCACGUACUAACCGCAUAUGUGUAAAGUUAUAGCCGAUUUUACAACUUCGUUGCAAUGAUGACAUAAUGUCGUAAACCCUAAAACUCUUAAAUGAAAGUAAAAACUAAAAUGUAAACAUCUUUUAUGAAUUAAUGUAAGUGCUUUUAUAAAAUGAUAAGCUUCAAAUAUUUGCUUUUUUUUUUCGAAAUUAUUUUAUGUGGUAAUCAACAUUAUGCCACAAAUGCUGCCCAGAAUAGUCCAUUAAUGCAUUAGGUAUCAUAAAGCAACAAUAAACAAUAUAUUAACCUUGGUUAGUUAAUUUAUGAAAUACACUACUGUUCAUUGUUAGUUUACGUUAGAAUAAUAAGUGCUGUAAAAGUAUUGUUCAUUGUUAAUUCGUGUUAGCUAAUGUUAACAUAUGCAACUUUAUUGUAAAGGGUUACUAAAUGUUCGUAGAGUAGUUUAGCAGAAACUAUGAUGACAAUGGUAAUUUUGACAUCUGUUUUGUGAAAUGUGAUGCAAGCAAAUUUCCAUAGCAUUUAGGAAAAAUAAUUGGCAAAUACUAUCUAGACUAGUGGUCAACCAUUAUGGGUUUUUCAAUGGCUGAUGCUGAUAUCUAAAGAGCAGGAUGGCCGAUAUAAAUGCUGUUAUAUAUAUAAUACAAUUUAACAACAACAAAUAAGAUGUACACCAAAUUACAUAAAUAAAACAUUUAUUUUAUGCAAUAUUAACUCAAAUUUGCUUAAGCUUUAAAAACAGACAAAAAACAUUGAAAACAGAAAUUGUUUACUAUCCAAUGACAAAUCUGAUGUCAUUUUCGGCCAAUGCUAAUAAUCGCAAAACAGCCAAAUAUUGUACAAUUAACUGGACUAGACGAUAUAUCAGUGAAUCACUUGUCUAGACUUCCACUCUAAUGAUUUGAUUCAUGCAUCAAAUUCCAAAGUGAUUUCAGUCCACUUUGAUACUGCAAUAAAAUCCAUAAAAUCAUGUUAAAACCUAAGAAUAUUUCAUUACAACAUGACUACAUUGUAUUGUCGAAGGAGAGAAUCAAGUGUAAAUCAGUACCGGAUAUCAAUGUGUAAAUGUUUCCUAAAUUCAGACGUAUGCACACGGAUAUUGCUUGCAUUACUUUUUAGAGGUCGACCGAUAGUGGAUUUUGCCGAUACCGAUAACUUAGGUGCUGGAAAAGGCCAAUAAUUGAUUAAUCGGCCGAUAGUUUUUAAAGUGAUUUAUAGAAUAUUACAAUAUUUUAUUAGUUGGCACAGAUAAAGAGGCCAGAGUGCAAAAUGAAUAAAUCCCAGAUGUAGUUUGCUUUUUAACCAAAAUACCAAUAAUAAUCAGAAAGAUUGGGUGCAUAACGUGGGACUUUUAACUCUAAAUAUACCUGAAACACACCGGGGACUCUUAUUUUGAAAUGAAGUAGACUUGGCACUGUUACAAUGCUCUGUUUUUAAUAUUGACCAAAUUGAACAUUUCAUAGCCUAUAUAUUAUUAUUACCCACAAUAUAUGAAGACGGGGACAUGUUGUUUGUGCUGACGAGGGACGUUUCCAAAAAGUUGAAUUUUUCUUUGCAUGCCCUCUCUUCAAUUUAAAAAAUUUAAUUAUCAGAGGAACACGGAGGACUAAGAAAAACUAUCGGCAACUAUCAGCAUAGAUUUUUGCCGAUAACCGAUAGUUUAAAAAAAGCAACUAUCGGCACCGAUUAAUCUGUAAAACUGAUAUAUCGGUCUACCUCUAUUACUUUUAAAGAUAAACUUUAAAUGUAAUUAUCAGAGGAACAUGGAGCAAUCAAAAAAAAAAAACUAUCGGCAACUAUCGGUAUAGAUUUUUGCAGAUAACUGAUAGUUUUAAAAAAAAAGCAACUAUCGGCACCGAUUAAUCUGUAAAACUGAUAUAUCGUUUACCUCUAUUACUUUUAAAGAUAAAUGUUAAAUGUAAUUAUCAGAGGAACAUGGAGCAAUUAAUAAACUAUCAGCAACUAUCGGUACAGAUUUUUUGCCGAUAACCGAUAGUUUAAAAAAAGCAACUAUCGGCACCGAUUAAUCUGUAAAACUGAUAUAUUGGUCUACCUCUAUUACUUUUAAAGAUAAACUUUAAAUGUAAUUAUCAGAGGAACAUGGAGCAAUCAAAAAAAAAACUAUCGGCAACUAUCGGUAUAGAUUUUUGCAGAUAACUGAUAGUUUUAAAAAAAAAGCAACUAUCGGCACCGAUUAAUCUGUAAAACUGAUAUAUCGUCUACCUCUAUUAAUUUUAAAGAUAAACUUUAAAUGUAAUUAUCAGAGGAACAUGGAGCAAUUAAAAAACUAUCGGCAACUAUCGGUAUAGAUUUUUGCCGAUAACUGAUCGUUUUUUUUAAAAAAGCAACUAUCGGCACCGAUUAAUCUGUAAAACUGAUAUAUCGGUCUACCUCUAUUACUUUUAAAGAUAAACUUUAAAUGUAAUUAUCAGAGGAACAUGGAGCAAUCAAAAAACUAUCGGCAACUAUCGGCAUAGAUUUUUGGCGAUAACUGAUAUUUCCAAAAAGCAACCAUCAGCACCAAUUAAUCAUAAAAUCGAUAUAUCAGUCUACCUCUAAAGAUAAACGUUAUGGAGCUCAGUCAGGGUGGAAACCAGGUUUAAUUGACAUGAAUGAAAACGAGGCUGUGAGUGAAAGAACUACAGUACAGUCCGUUCAACAUGUCAAACUGUCUUAGUUCACAUUUUGAUUAACAGAAUCAUAUAUUUGAAGGUAAACGAUAAAUGCAAAACAAUAUUUUGAGAAUGUCACAAUUCGAUAUUUCUGCCCAUCAAAAAUGAUUGAUUAUUGCUAUAUUGGCAUUUGUGUUUGUGAAAUGGAACGUGUCUGUAAACAUGCUGUUGUCCACUUUGAAGUCAAACAAAAGUUAAAGUCAACAUGAAAGCAGAACUGACCCUAUUUACUUUCUUAAUACACGUUUGUUUUAUUCAUUAUGAACGAUUCAUCAGUUAACUUGUUCUACCUUUGAAAAGACUUUCCUUUUCGUCUGACAUCAUCAAGCCCUUUUAAUAUUCAACCACUUGUCACAUAAAGACAAUUUACUUGCAAUUCUACAUGCAAUCAACUUUCAUCAGCAAAUGCUGUUUCAUGUUGACCUUAAACAAAACAAUGAGAAAAACAAUGGAAUAAAUGUACAGCAUAUAAAGACAACGAUAUAAGGGGUAUUUCUCAACAUAUUGAGCAGCAUCUGGCACAUGUGUAAUGAACUGCCUUUGGUCAAACUGUUUUUGCACAGGAGAGAGCCAUACAAUUCUCUGAGAAGGUUCAAGCUUUAGUUGCGCGUUAGCCUUUAGCAUGUUAAAUGCAAUGUGCGCCCAUUCUUCAUGCCAUGCAGUGCUGUUUUUCCGUAGCGAGGGGUUGCGGCCGAGCCGUAGUGUGUAGUUUCUUGAUGUGAAACUUUCAGAUGGCCCCUUCACCGUGGAAGCGGAGCAGAUUUGUUUUGACUUUCAGACAGGCGAUAUGUGGCCCCCUUCCAUUGAGCGCUUCAUAGCACACUACUCUUUCAUCAUCGAACAAAGCCAAAGAGUCUUUUCUGAUUACUACAAACAGAGUCGUGAUUUGUAACACAACAAGUAUGCUCAGAAUGAAGCAUUGUGUACUGUCUUGAUGUCUGCUGCCUACAUAGUCAGCUAACUUCUAAGGCAGCAUCCUGUUUAGAACACUCUAGCAAGGCAGCAAACACCCUAACACCCUAACACCCUAAUAUGCUUAAAAAAAAACUUCCCACCAACAGAUAUUGGGUCAAAAUAUAGUUUUUGUUAUUGAAUAAAGUAUAACCAUAUUUAUACAGUAGUAUUAAAGUAAUAUUCCGGGUUCAGUACAAGUACAGCUCAGUCAACGGCGUUUGUGGCAUAAUGCUGAUUACCACAAACAAUAAUUUCGACUCGUCCCUCCUUUUCUUCUUCUUCUUCUUCUUCUUCCAAAAAAAAAAGCAAACAUGGAGGCUACAGUGAGACACUUACAAUGGAGGUCAAUGGGGCCAAUUUUAGGAGGGUUUAAAGGCAGAAAUGUGAAGAUUAUUAUUUUAUAAAAGCACUUACAUUAAUACGGAAGCCCUGAACAAGUAAAAAAAAAAAUCACUAGGUGAAAAGUUUUUUUUAGGUGUCUUUGUGCCUUCCCGAGCCCUAUGUCCUAAAAAAAAAAAAAAAAAAAAAAAAAAAAAAAUUCUCAAAUUUUUUUUUUGUUUUUUGUUUUUUGUUUUUUUUCUGUCAAAGAAAAAAAAAAAAACUAUUUUUCCUCUCAAAAUUUUUUUUGAUCCUCUCAAGAGGAAAAAGGCAUCAAAACGGGCAAAGACAUCUAUCUAGCACAUGUUUACAUGUUAACAACAAAUUAAAAAAGCACAUUAUUAAUAGCAACAUCCAUAUUCCUGGUGGUGAAUGCCAUCAAACAACUAGAAAUAAUUCCCAUUGUAACCUGAGGUAUAUUCAUUAAAUUGUGGGAUUUCAUGUAUUAGUAGACUCUCAAACAUUAUACACAGUAUGUUUCUUUCCUUGACUCAUUCUUGUUAGAUUAUUAUACAACUAUAAUUCAACUGAUCAAGUACCACAGCUGUCAUCUGUCACCUUGUAAGAUUUCAUGCUUACUGAUAGUGGCAUCUGGUGCCCGAGGUUGGUACCGCAUGCUAAUCGUUAGCUAGCAAGCAAAAACAUGUAUCUCAUGUUGCCUCUUCAGGAGAAAAAAAAAAAUGUCUUAAAGAGAAAAAAAAAAAAUAAUAAAAUAGAGAAAAAAUUAAUAAUAAUCUUUGACAAAAAAAAAAAAAAAAACAUUUUUGAAAAAAAUAACAAAAUUUAAGGGAGAGAGAAAAAUGAAUAUUUGUAGGACACAGGCUCAGGAAGGCACUAAGACACCUAAAAAAAAAAAAAAAAAAAUAUUUUCAAAGUGCAGUUCAGGGCUUCCGUACAUUAAUUCUUCUGUUAAAACUUGUGUAUUAUUUGAGCUGAAAAGUUGUUUAAAUCAUCGUUGUUUUUUUUUUUUUUUUAAGAUUACAGAUACAGCAUUACAUCGUCAUAGAAAAGAAGUUGUAAAAUUGUCUAUAACUUUCCACAGAUGUGGUUAGUAAGUGAUUUGAUGUCUUGUGUCUAUACUUUUGAAACAGUGAGUAUUUUAUAAAUUUUUACAGAUUGGCCCCAUUCCCUUUGCUUUUUUUUUUUUUUUUUUUUUUUUUUAAGAAAAUAAAA